GCUCAGGAUAAGGCAAUUCCUGCCGUGCGUUGUGCGUUUACGGCUCGGAUCUACAUUGAUCCGUAUACCCACAGCUCCCCACAGCUUAGAUCGUCCUCGCUUAUCCUAUAUCCGAUCGUAGCGUUAUGCAAUACCACCAUCACGUUUACGAUGACGAGAACAGAGCCGAUACCAACUUGCUCAUUGCAAAAGAGCCGCCCAUUGCAGAGAAGGGAUCAAUUUCCUGCCAUCCACUGCUACCACUGCCCAACCCACGACCGCAUCCAGACGGAAUGCCUACCUAAUGUACCGACGAAACAACCGCCCCAGGCCGCGAUGCUUAGCCUGUGCGGAGACCGCAGGAUCGACUCGCAGACGGAAAUUGCAGUAAUGGUAAUUUUCGUCUCCGCGCUGGGGCAGCUGCUCGACGGGAACCGGCGAUGUCAGGUUUGUAACGCCCUCAGGCUUGGUCGAAUGGUCAGCAUACGGCGGAAGAACAUCGAACCGAGUCGAGCUGGAGAAUAUCUUGAACUGGUAGGAUUGUGUCCCCAUCGUGCCCCGCGGCCAGCGGGCCAAGAGUUCCAUGUCCUGCGACGCGUCUUCGACCAGCGCCCCCUGUCAUUUUUUUUUUUCCUUAGACGACCGAAAGUCCCUUUCGGUGGCUCCGACCGAGUCCGCAAGAUACCUUACCCACCUGGCAAACCACGCGUAGUUAUUGCGGAGAACCGGCAGAAUUACCGGGGCGAUAAUCUCCCUGCCCCUUGGCUUGUAGACUUCGUACAUCGCCCAGGCCGCACCCCAGGCGACGGCGGAUAUGCUGCACAGGUCAGCAGAAGACUUAACUUCUGGGAUUUUGAGCAGAUCCGACGUACGGGCUAUCUCCCGAGGCUUGAAGGACUUGGGUCGAGACGGUUGCGCCAGGGGAAGGGAGGUUGAUAUUUUUGAUGGCAUUGUUGAUCAUCGUAAGCAUGUACGGGCUUUGUCCAAACCCUCCAACCAGCACCACAGACGAUUACAUUAUACGUUAGCUCGUCCGUUCAGAUACAUGAGUGCAUAUGCUCCAAGUUGGAUGCACAAACCGUUGGGGCUAUAUUGAUCUGAUUUACAACUCGCAGGAGCCUGUCGGUG